AUGCGGCUUGCUGCCCUAAGUUUGUUUUCUUCCGUGGUAGAAAUGGUGAGCUUGAUACAGUUGGACAGAAGACCUGUUGGUUUGGGGGUGGGUAUGGCGUUCAGUUCGAAGGACGCUGUUCAAGAUGCCUUUAGCGAAGAAGUCAUGCGGUGGAAUUUCGAGUGGAGGGUAAAAUAUUCUGACAGCAAAGAACUACAUGUCAUAUGCAAGAAUGCUGCAGAGGGUUGUAUGUGGCAACUGGGGAUAUGGGUCACAUGUCACCUAUACACAUUAAUAAGUUGA